GAAGGCAAAGGGGUGGGGGGGCGACGAUGCUCGAAGCUUCAACCAUUUUUUAGAGAGAGAAAGAGAAUAGUAGCCCCCUCCGUUAACAAACACGAAACCAGAUCUCUUCCAUCUUCUCCCUUUUAUUUUCCCUCCUCCCCCGUCGCAUUUUCUCGAGAAAACGCCCCCAACCCCUCCUCCUCCUCCUCCCCCUCCUUUUCCCGAGAAAAAGAAAAAUCCAUUUUCUCGGCCUCCUACCCCCGCCGGAGAGAUUCCGAUCGCCGAUCCCCGCCGGCCGCCGAUCCAGCUCCCGCCCCCGCCGGAUUAGGGAAUUCGCGGCGACGGCACAUGUGCGCUGCUGAGAUUGAGUCUGGCUCGAUUUCUUCCCCCGAAGAGUAAGCUUAAGCUGGUGAUAUAUUAUAGUGGAUUGAGAUGUCAGAAGAACUAGAAGGAUUGAGGGGUUACGAUGACAUAAGAGAAAGAAGAAUAGAUCCUGAGAACGCCGAUGAUGAAAGACGGAGAUCUAAAAUUGGGACUCUUAAGAAGAAAGCUAUAAAUGCUUCGAACAAGUUCACUCAUUCCCUCAAGAAGAGAGGAAAAAGGAAAGUCGAUUACAGGGUUCCAGCGGUUUCCAUAGAGGAUGUAAGAGAUGCAAAAGAGGAAGUAGCAGUUCUUCAAUUGCGUCAAAAGCUUCUCGACAGAGAUUUGUUGCCAUCUAGGCUUGAUGACUAUCAUACAUUGUUGAGGUUUCUGAAAGCUAGGGAUUUUAACAUUGAAAAAACAAUCCAAAUGUGGGAGGAAAUGCUUAAUUGGAGGCAAGAAUAUGAAACUGAUACCAUCUUGGAGGAUUUUGAGUUUCAUGAGUUGGAAGAAGUCUUGCAAUAUUAUCCCCAAGGGUACCAUGGUGUUGAUAAGGAGGGCAGGCCAGUGUACAUUGAAAGGCUGGGUAAAGCUCAUCCUAGUAAGAUCAUGCGUAUAACCAAUAUUGAGCGAUACCUGAGAUAUCAUGUCCAAGAAUUUGAGAGGGCUCUACAGGAGAAAUUCCCAGCGUGUUCGAUUGCAGCAAAGAAGCGAAUAUGUUCAACGACAACUAUAUUGGAUGUAGAUGGAUUGAGCAUGAAGAACUUCACUCGAACUGCCGCAAGUCUUUUGGCUGCUAUGGCGAAAAUAGACAACAGCUAUUACCCUGAGACUCUUCAUCGCAUGUACAUUGUUAAUGCUGGUACUGGCUUCAAGAAAAUGCUCUGGCCUGCAGCUCAGAAAUUUCUUGACGCGAAGACAAUAAGGAAGAUACAUGUUUUGGACUCCAAAUCCUUACCUCGACUCCUCGAAGUUAUUGACUCAAGCCAACUGCCUGACUUUUUGGGUGGUUCUUGCACCUGUUCCGGUGAAGGAGGGUGCCUUAGGUCUAACAAGGGUCCAUGGAAUGAUCCUGACAUAAUGAAGCUCGUGCGCAACGCGGAAGCAACGCUUGUGAGACAAAUUACCAGAGUUUCUGACGAUCAAGAGAAAGUUGACUCUUAUAUUCAGAUACUCCCAUUGAAGGGCAGAGCUAGUGAUAUGUCAGCAGCUGAAUCAGGGUCAGAUGUAGAUGAUGCUUGUUCUCCAACAGCGCAAAGAAGUUCUAGUUUUCCUUGUUUGGACCCAGUGCAUGAAGAGGCAAGAGCAUCGGAUUCAGAAGCCUAUUACAGCUGCCAUGAUAACUUCAUUUCAAUUAGGAAAGCCAGUGAAAGUGAACUGGGAGUGGAAGCUGCUCAGGAUCUGCUGCUUAAUAGAAGUUUGUCUUGCAAGGAUCUACAGACCUCAGAAGGGACUUCCAUUGUUCACUGGUUGGGGAACAUCAGGGAAAAGGUGGAUGUCAGGAAUGUCCAGAGUGCGGCACGAAUAUUUGUCUCGUUCAUGGUCAAACUUUUUGCAUUCUUCCGCCUUUUUGCAUCUAAAUUAGGGAGAAAGCGGAAUACUGUUCAUCCAUCUAACAUGAUUGAGAGCAACACAAACAGCCAACUGGAAGUUGUAGAUGAUAUAGAUGAAGAAGAUCAUAUCCUCCCAUGUAUAGAACGUCUUCAAAAAUUAGAGAAAGCACUUGAGGAACUUAUUCAUAAGCCUGCGGAAAUUCCAUUGGAAAAGGAGAGAAUGCUUUUGGAAUCUCUGGAAAGAAUAAAGUCAGUGGAGUUUGACCUUGAUAAAACAAAGAGAGUACUUCAUGCUACGGUGAUGAAGCAACUGGAGAUCACUCAACGGUGGGAGAAUUUGCAGGAUUCAAGGUGUCGACAAAGGAGGUUCUUCUGUUAGAUGCUUGAAGAGUCAACCAUGGAUGACGCGAAAAGUGCAGAUGAGAACACAGAAAAGUUGGUGCUGUGGUCCAUAAUAUUGGGUUUUCGAAUCCACUAUUUGCACCCAACGCUUGCUUUUCACUGUUAGCAUAUAUGCUCAAGUUGGCAACAGAUGCCCGCUGCUUCACGGUUGUCCUGCAGUUUCGACACAGUAUAUGGAAGAAAGAAACGCCUGAAGAAAUUCUUUUUGUUGCACGGCACGAUGUUGGUGGCCAUUGUAUAUCGGGAGCAUUGUAUAGUCGGUGAAUUUUUAAUGGGAUGGAAGAGAAAAGUGGGAGACACUGAUAGUAAAGUAAAUUGCAGUCCCUUUUGAUAUGGAGGGAUUGCUUUUGAAAUUUUGUCAAAUCAUCAUGAAAUGGUCUCUCGAUGAGAUCUUCCCCGCCCGAAAAUCUCUGCAAAGUCUUUGCAACGUUGGAGUAACAUAUCAAGCAUAUCAGCAGCGGCAUUUAAUUAUUUUGCACAUGGAUUUGUGCUUUAGCAGGAUGGUGCCACGGAUCAAAGUUGAAGCAGAGUCAGAUUUAAGAUUGUUGCAAGGCUAACUUGUCAAACUGCGAAAUUCCAGGACAUGAUUUAAGAUUGACGAGCCUCGUAUUGUUUGGCAAAACGUCAAAUUUAUAGCUGUCUUGUUCUCUUUACUUGGUCAAAGAAUAAAACUAGUGCUCGUGCGGACGAUUGUCAAUAAUCCGCCGCAGGAUCUGACUA